GCCUGCUUACCUGCCUGCCUGCCUGCCAGGGACCAUGAGGGCAGAGGAGGGGCUGCUUCUCCCUUCUCCCUCCGGAGGCCAUGGGGCGCCGGGCAGCAGCGCCCCUUCUCAGGGCUGAUAUAUAGUUUGGAUCUAUGUAUUCCACCUUGUGUUAGAAGCAGUAAUGGCAAAAGAAUUCAUCAAAAACUGUUGCAGAGGCUGUCUAUAUAUUGGGAAAGAAAAGCACGAUGCCUCUCUGGAGCAGGAGUCUGAGCUCGCGGCCAAAUAUAGAUCAAACAUUGUGGAGAAACCUCCUUUGUCUUCCGUGUCGAUGAAACGGCAAGUUGGGUGUUCAGAAGACUAUCUUCUUUCCAAGCUCCCUCCAGGUGGCAAGGAAGUACCUUUUGUGGUUCCUCAGUUCAAACUUGCCUAUGUCCAGCCCAAGAACCUUGGUAAUACACAUCUUGGAGGAAUUCAAGGUACUGUAAUUACAUCUUUUGGUGACCGAAAAACAGAACUUUCUGGUGCAUACCAGCAGAGACCUCUUGUUGAUGUGGUCUAUAACCCGUUUUAUAUACACCAGCAGCCACCACCUCUUUCCCCAGAGUUGGCUCGAUGCCGCCUAGAGAAAUUGGACAGUAGGAGACUGUAUGGGUCAGUUUGUGACUUACGGAGCAGCACAUUGCCAGGUGCAUCCUCUCUAAGCCAUUCUAUGUUUGAUCUUACCAGUCCACCCCACCGCUUUAUCCAGAGAUAUGAUUCAGCGUCUAGUGUUCCAAGCAGCACCUCCUCCAGGAAGGGAUCACAAGGAAGUAACAGGAGUUUAGAUACCAUUACAUUGUCAAGUGAUGAAAGAGAAUUUGGCAGACUUAACGUGAAGGUGUGCUAUCUUCUUCCUGUGGAACAAAUCUGGAUCACAAUCUUGCGAUGCAAAGAUCUGAGUUGGUCUUCUAGCUGUGGUGAAAAACCCCACAUUUCCAUCAAGGGAGUCCUUACGCUGCCCAAACCAGUUCAUUUCAGGUGUUUGGCAAAAGAAGCUUCCAGUGACAUAGAAUUUAUGGAAACCUUUGUGUUUGCUAUUAAAUUGCAACUCCUGCAGACUGCAAAAUUAGUGCUCAAAGUACAAGCUCAGAUUCCCAGGAAGAAAACCAUAGGAGAAUGCAUUUUGCCACUGCGAGAGCUCAGUUCACAAGAAAUUGAGUACUGGUUGAUGAUUACACCUCCUUCCAAAACUUCAGUGUGCCCUGCAGAAUUGAAAAUAGGCACCUGUUUUCAAGCAGUAAACAGCCGGAUCCAGUUGCAAAUUCUUGAAGCCCAGAACCUUCCAAGCUCAUCCACACCACUGUCAUCAAAUUUUUUUGUAAAGGUUUCCAUGCUUAGUGUGGAAGGACUUGUUGAUAAAAAAAAGACCCGACUACUAAAAUCUACAAAUGGACAAGUGAAAUGGGGAGAAACUAUGCUUUUUCCAGUGAGCCAGAAUGAACAUGGGAUAAACUUUCUUAUCAAACUCUACAGCAGGAGCUCAGUGAGAAGAAAACACUUCGUUGGACAGGUCUGGCUAAGCAGUAACAGCAACAGUGUUGAAGCUGCCGAUCAGUGGCAAGACACAAUUGCCAAUCCAGAGAAGGUUGUGGUCAAAUGGCAUAACAUCAGUUCAGCAUGCUGAUCCCAUGGGCAGUUAUGUUGGUUGUGAUCUGGACUUUAACCAAAAGACUUUUACACAUAUUUAAAACAAAGAGCCAUUAGUUAAAAGAAAAAGAAAACAAAUGUACACUUGGACUCUGCACAGUUCCACUUCUGAAGAGCAAAAUGUUGUGUCGAAAAAAAUUGACAAAGGGAAAAGUCUUAGAAAUGUUCAUGGAAUUCAGAGACCACUUUUGUUAGUGGUCUGACUAACUGCCUGGCUUUUGUUGUCUAUGAAGAUUACAUAUAGAUUUUUUAUAUAUAUUUAUGCUCAUCUUGUGCUGGGGGACCUGGGAUGCUUGUAUAUUUAUGUUCAUUUUAGAAGGAAGUUAAUAUUCUCAGAUUUAACUCAGCUCUCAUUUGGAUGGACAUUUCUCCAGAAAGACUUUCCUCACUUUAUCAUUUGAAAACAGUGCCUUAGCUACCAUUUUAUUUCUGUAGCUUUACCACUAUGGCCUUGGUAGCGCUACCCUCACAGUGAGCAACAGAGUUAAGGCAGACAGGAGGGAAGUAGUGUUUUAUUUUUUAAAAUCUUGAAAUAAACUUGAAGAAUGUA